GUGAAAGGAAUGAGCACAUUUACUGCCCGAUAAUUUGCGUAUCAUGCUGCAUGAUCGGGCUUCGCAAUCAAGAAUCCAAACUUCCAUUAUAUUUGCAUGUUCUCGUUACUAUCACAGUUGUAUACAGUAUUUAUCUUUUCUUACGCAACUCUACACAGCAUGUCCACCUCUAACACUCCGGGCAAGACCGCCAUGGCGCCUACGGCGCGCACCUACGCCGCUGUCUUAGCGGCGUCGCUGUCGCCUUCACCUUCUACCAAGGUCACUAAGAAGGCUAGGAUUGAAACUGCAGUGACCGGCACUGUGGCUUUCGCAACUGCGGGAUCCCCCCUGAAGGACGGGGCUCAAAAGCGCACGGAGCAGGCUGCUCAGCCCGCUGAGUCACAGAUCGUCAUGGACCUGACGAACAGUGACGAUGAGGCGGGCCCCGUGAAGACGGCGCCGGUUCCCAAGGCCGUGGCAAAGGCGCGCACCAUCAGUGCCAUGCUGAUGUCGGCCGCGCGCGGCGCUGGCACUCGCACUGUGGCGCCCACCGCCAAGGCCGCAAAGACCGCCGCGCCCGCUGCCAAGAGCGCCGUGCCCGCGGCCGCGCCCGCUGCCAAGAGCGCCGCGCCCGCUGCCAAGAGCGCCGCGCCCGCUCCCGCGCCUGCUGCCAAGAGCGCCGCGCCCGCUGCCGAGACCAGCGCCACACCCCCUGCCAAGCCCGCCACCGUAAAGGAGUCGCUCGCGGCCGCCGCCGGUGGCCCUGGGUCGUCGAUUCCUGCUACCCCGCCAAUUGUUGAUGUUGACAACGAAAGCGACAUGGAUGACGUUGAGGCUAGCGAAGACGAUGGAAACGACAAGGUUGCAGACAUGGGCACGAAGCGUGGCCGCAAUGCCUGCGGCCAUGGCGCCAUCGAUUGGAAUAAUGAAUCAGUGCGUAUUGCGAAGUUCGUCAACAUCAAGAACACCAGCCGUUGGAAUGGGAUCGGGCACAAUUUCGUCAGGACUCCUGAGUGCACGUUCUUGUGCCUUGCCUGCAUGAAGCACCCCGGUGCGAAGGCCUCUGUUUGGACCAAGGGCGGCAACAAAGUCAUGAACAUGACUUUGUUCAACAAGCACCUUCUCUCCAAGAACCAUCUGGACGUUAUAGGCGCGGCUAAGAACCACACGAAGAUGUCCAACAUUGUCGAGAAGCAGAAGGUCAAGCUCAACCCAACGCUGUGCAGCCUAAUCCGUUCGGCCUACGCCUGCGGCAAGGAUGCCAUGCCCCUGACCCACUAUGUGAAGAUGGUCAAACUCCAGGCUGCGAACUGCGCUGACUGCAAGCAUGACUGCAAGGCGCAUACGUGCCGAAAAUGCGAUGCGUCCAAGGCAUGCGGCAGUGGUAUCCAGGCCCUGAUCAAGGACCUUGCAGCGAAGGAUGGCGUGUUCCACGGCCACCAGAUGGUGCUGACAACCCCUCCCACGACGAUCGCGCCUGCCACCACCACCACCGCCACCACGACAGCGGAGUCUGACAGCGACAAUGACGGCUCUGACACCAACACUGACACGACAGCGGAGUCUGGCAGCGACGAUGAUGACACGGCACCUACGGCACCGAGCUGGGCGGCUUUCCCUCAGACUCUAUUCCGCAGCAAGCUUGCUCUCAGCAGCAUGGUCAAGAAGCUGGUUGAGAACAUCAAAAUGCGAUUCCCCGCUGAUGUCUCAGUGGCUGCAAAGUUUGGGGUGCUGGGCCCCCGUGCAUUGGCUGCUGAUUCCGGUGUGCCGAAGUAUGGCGAGGAAGAGGUGGCCGCUUUGGCACAGCACUUUAAGCCCGUCUUGGGUGAUGAUUGCCUGUUGGCAGUUGACCAGUGGGUGAUGGCUCGGGCGCGCCUGAUUGCAGUGGCAAAGGAGCAGAAGAAGAGUGGUGAUGUUAUGAAGGCGAGGCCGUUCUAUGAGAGGCUCUUGUCGUGGCUGUCUGGCAUGGGCCGUGAGCUCACUGUCCUGGUGCAGAUUAUGCUUGUGCUGCAGCCAUCUACGGCAGAAGUUGAGCGUGGCUUCAGCGCGAUGAAUGACAUCAAGACGCCUGGCCGGGCAAGCAUGAAGCUUGGCACCCUUGACGUACUGAUGCGUGUGCGCCUUGUGGGCCCACCAAUUGCGUACCAGCAGCGGCCUGUGGCUGGUGUCUCCCUUGCCCCGUAUGCUGAGUUUGAUGCAACGCUGCUGGGGCCUGCAGUUCAGAAGUUCGCUGCAAAGCUUGGCCGCGUGCCCCAGCGCAGCAGCCACAACGCCCGCCCGUCCCGUGUGAAGCAUCGUGUGUGUGAGAUUGAUGUCAAGGCACUUCUGAAGGAGGCUGAGGAGGAGGCCGUUCAGAAUGUGGAUGUCUCGUGCUAAUAAUUUGGCAUACGAACGUUUGAAUUCUUUGAAAGCGGUCCAUCUAGCAAAUACAUACCCGAUACGAUUGUGUAUGAUUGAAACGUUGAAAGAAGGGACGAUAGUGUAUUGGGGAUUCGAUGCACGAGGGUGUGUGCCGACGUGUGAAGAUGACUAAACUGGAAGCGGUUAGGCCGCGAUGGCGCUCUGCCUGUGUGUAUGUGCGGUAGAACUGUGACUGGUCAUGGCUUUGGCCCCGGCACUUCGGUGACAGCAAGCAGUUAGCAGGUAUAGCAUGUACGCCGCGCAGGCAAGCGAAGGCUCAGAGUUGCUUGGGGAAACGCGCUGCGACAUGCCUGUGCAUAUGAUCGCAUUUGGACUUGUUCAUUAGUGUUGCACUGCGUGAAACAGAUACAAAAGCCGCCGUUUACAGUUGCGAAAAAGCGAAAUUGCAACAUGUCAAGAUGUCUAGACAUUUUACAUGGCUUCCACAAAGGCACUUUGUCUAGACAAAAAAAUCGUGGAUUUGGGGGCCUGUUUGUCUACCCCCUUGACAAAAAUUUCCGCUCCAGAGGCCAGGAAUGUCUGGGUCAAGACAUUCCCCCGCAAACAAGAUACGACCCCUGCUGUGUACGGUUUUGCGUGCAACUGCACGCGCGAGCGUCAAGUCCUGAGGAAGGACAGUGAAGGGUCAAAAGGGGGCAGCCCUUGGGCAGCUUCUCCAGGCUUUUCAAAACCCCUGUUUGACAUGCAUUGCGUAAUGGUAACGUGGCAUGGGUGGUGAUUUUAGUAGAAGCAUGACAAUGCCAUGAACGGAGUGUCAACUGAAAUUCGCCCACAUCAGUGCACACCUGUGCACACUGCAUAGGCCAGUGUGAACCCUCCAGCUACGAAACGA